UUUUCUGACAGAAUCAGCAAUGUUGUGGGUAGUAUCACGGUAAAUGGCCGUGAACGUAAUCUGCGAAAAUUCCGCAAGAUGUCUUGCUACAUCAUGCAAGACGACCACCUCCAUCCUCAUCUCACUGUUAGUGAGUCGAUGAGUAUUUCUGCCAACCUAAAGUUAGGUGAUAGAAUGAAAAGACAAGAAAAGGAGGAAGUGAUUAAUGAAAUCUUGGAAACACUAAGCUUAACAGAAUGCAAAGACACAAGAGCGAGUAAUCUGUCUGGUGGGCAGCGCAAGAGGCUGUCUAUUGCAUUGGAGCUUGUGAAUAAUCCUCCAGUGAUGUUCUUUGAUGAACCAACUAGUGGUCUGGACAGUAGUAGCAGUUUCAAAUGCAUCAACUUGCUCAAGACUUUAGCACAAGGAGGCCGCACUUCAUAUGCACCAUCCAUCAGCCUUCUGCUAAGCUGUUUGAAAAAUUUUAAAAAUCCCUUUUCGCCCUAG